AUGAAGUCUAACAACAUCUGCUUCAGGUGUGGCCAUAAUAACUGUAUCUCAGGCAAGCCACCUUAUGACCACAGUAAGUGCCAGUUCAGGUCACCAUGUCGAGUCCAGAUGUGUGGUAGUGAUGAGCACUUUCCCGCCAUUUGUACCAAAGCCCAUGAUGAUGCCAGAUAUCAGAGUCGAAGAGUCAGUGCUAAUCAAGAAGACAUUUUGAGACCCAUGCAAUCCAACAGCUCAGUUCAAUCUUCUACAAGCACAGAAGUAGGGAAACCGCAGGCUACCUUACCAACUGUGAUGGGUUUUCUGCGAUGUGGUAACAAACGACACCCUGUACGCAUCCUGAUAGAUGGGGGUAGUCAGGCCACCCUCGUAAGAACAGGAAUCUUUCCCAGAAUUGAUGGCGACUGUUACCAGGACCAUGACCUGAGCCUUGUAGGUGGAAGCAUCAUCAAACGCAAGCUGAGGAUCCUGGCAUGUGAAAUCGAGGAUAGCCAAGGAAAUUGUUCAUGUCCCUUGAGAGCCAUUGAGAUCGAGAAACCCUGUGGAGAUAUACCUGUCAUUACUCCUGAGCAGCUGAAAUCCUAUGACCACUUGACAGGUGUAAAUAUUGAUGAAGCCUCAUCACCAGUAAUUGAUAUAUUACUUGGAGUGGACAAUACUCACCUUAUGGUCUGGGAGGAAUAUAUCAGAGGAGGCAGACCCGAUGAACCAGUUGCGGUAAGAUGUCCCCUAGGUUGGUUUAUUCAAGGAGGUCCAUCUAACACAGCACCACUUCUUAACUACGUUAACGUGGUCGCUUCAGGAUCCCUAGAGGAGUUCAUUGGACUCGAGACGGCUGGCUUGGAACCCAGGAAAUGCAAGUGCAUUUCUGAUGAUGAGAAAGGAGCUACUGAAUCCAUGAUGAAGAGUGUCAAUCAACUACCAGAUGGUUCUUAUGAGAUCCGCUUACCCUGGAAGCGAUCUCCAGAAGGGUUACCAGAUAACUAUGAGUACGCUGUAAAGAGACAGAAGAGCCUUGAGAACCAGUUCAGAAAUCGCCCAAAGGAGUGGGAGGUCUACUGUCGGCAAAUGAAGGAUCAACUGGAAAGGGGUGUCUCUCGGCUAGUGACGCAGGAUGAGUUGCAACAAGACAGGGAAACAGGGAACAAGAUGUGGUUCCUUCCACACUUCGCAGUUGUCAAAGACUCAAAAACCACUCCAGUCCGUGUUGUAUAUGACGGUAAGGCGAAAUUUCAAGGACAUUCCCUGAAUGAUUAUCUUAUCAAAGGAGAGAACGUCAACUCAAAUCUGUUUGAGGUAGCCCUCCGGUUCCGUGAAAAUGAAGUGGGCGUGAUCGCUGACAUUUCAAAGAUGUUCCAGGCGAUCAAGAUUCCCCCAGAUGAUGCUAGAUUCCACAGAUUUGUGUUUAGAGAAAAUCCAAAUCACCCAAUGCAAGUUUAUGAACUGAGGACCGUUACAUUUGGGGACAAGCCCUCCCCUACUGCAGCAAUAGUCACUCUCAGACAUGUGGCUAGUGAACAUGCACCGGAUGAUGACAAACUACAGAAAGUAAUCACGGAGCAAUUCUAUAUGGACGACCUGAAUGAGUCAGUCAGGAACACUGAGGAAGCUCUGGAGCUGAAGUAUAAAUUGACGGACACGCUGAAGAAGGGAAACUUCAACAUAAGGAAGUGGCAAUCUAAUGUCAAAAAAUGUGAUGAGACAGAAAACACUGAAACUGCUACAGUUCUUGGAACCAGUUGGGAUCUAUCUAAGGAUACACUGAGCGUGAAGAAGGUCAAACCCUCUGACGAUACUACCCUGACCAAACGGAAGAUUCUUGCUCAAACGGCAUCCUAUUACGAUGUUUUUGGAAUGCUUUCUGGUCUGUUGGUACGCCCCAAGAUUCUUCUUCAAAUGUUAUGGCAAAUAGACCUUGACUGGGACUCCCCAAUUGACAAAGGCAGUGAAUUGUAUGCCAUGAUGAGUAAGAUUAACAGAGACCUUGACAAAAUGGAUGGCAUUGAGAUUCCAAGAUGUCUGAUACCGGAGCCUUACAGGGGAAAGAGACCUCUACCUACAUCAUAUAUGCAUGGUUUUAGCGAUGCAUCGGAGGACGCUAUGGGUUUCGCAGUUUGGCUGAGAUGGUCCCAUACUGACAGUCAACAAGCUCAUUUAUCCUUUGUCUGUGCCAGGUCUAGGGUGACGCCACUAAAUCAAACAAGUAUGCCUCGGAAGGAGUUACAAGCUCUUCUCCUUCUAUCCAGAUUGAUGUACACCAUCCGAAGUGCUCUACGCCUCAACAUAGAAGGAUGGAAGAUAUGGACAGACAGCAUGACGGUGAUAAGUUGGCUAAGAGGACAAUCGAAAACCUUCCGCUCAUAUGUUGUCCAUCGAGUUGGUGAGAUCACUUCUGAAUUUGACCCCUACAGUGAUAUCGCCUACGUUCCCACAGAUGAAAAUGCAGCUGAUCUCAUUUCUAGAGGAGGCGAUGUCACAGACAUGCAGGAGGUCAUUGAUGGACCAGGAUUCUUGAGAUUACCUCCUCAAUCAUGGCCGAAGACACCUGAAAACAUUCCCGUCAAACCAGGAGAUCCUGAACGGAAGAAAUUUCACUCCCGAAACAGCAAGACUUUCGCAUUAUCUGUGAAUGCUGUGUCCAAGAAUUCUCCAAUUGUUGAUGCAACCAAAUUCUCUAGUUGGUCUAGACUCCAGAUGGUCACGGCCAGGGUGUUAUCCAUCAAGGAGCUUCCACUGAAUCAAUGGCUGAAGCAACUCAUCCGGCAGAUCUCUGAAUGGCCAUCCCAAAGAAUGAUCAAGGAAGCAGAGCUAUAUUGGGUCAGGCAAGCACAGAAAGGGAUAGAUUUCCAAGAUCCCAAUAUACAGAAACUCAGUCCAUUCUUUGAUGAGGACCAACAGGUGUAUCGUGUUGGCGGACGUCUUGGUAGGGCCCCUUUGUCGUAUGAUGUUCGCCAUCCUUAUCUUCUGCCAAAGAAUAGCCACAUUAGCUUCCUCCUUGUACGUGAUAGACAUCUACAUGCCCUUCAUGGUGCCAUGGUGGUCAUUUGCGGACUGCGAAUGAGGUCAGGAAGAGGUAUUGGAUAG